UGCGUGCUGAGCCCUCGGGUUUCACAACUCGUCCCGAGCUCAAUCCCGACAUGGACUCCAGAGAAUGACGGAGCUGGAGCGGGACAGGAAGAGGGACGUUUUAGAGGAAACGAGGUGCGGAGUGUCCCGGCUGCGCCGUGCCGCUGCCUAAAGUGCAACCUACCUGCUGCUCGCCGGGGUCGGUGGCCCCUGCCGAGAGGAACUAAAACGGAGUCCAGCGCCAUGUUUACGGUGCUUGUUGCCGUGGUGAUUGGAGGGCUCAUCUACUUCUUGGUUCAGAAGAGCAGGGUACAGGUUCUGGAGACAAAGGAUGGAUGGUGGAGGGCUGGAGCGCCCCUGGAGGAUGGGGAGGACCUCACCAUUCGACCCUACAAAGUCACCACCAGUGAUGAGGAAUUGGAGGACCUGUACAGGAGGCUAGACCAGACGCGUCCUGUCCCCUCGCUGGAGGACAGCCAGUUUAAUUAUGGUUUCAACUCCAACUACCUGCAGAAGGUGGUGUCUUACUGGAGACACGACUUUGACUGGAGGAGGCAAGUGGACAAACUCAACUGGUACCCCCACUUCAAAACAAACAUUGAAGGCAUUGAUGUGCAUUAUGUGCACGUGAAGCCCAAGACCUUGCCAGAGGGGACCAGCGCCAUCCCACUAAUAAUGGUCCACGGAUGGCCCGGCUCUUUCUAUGAGUUCUAUAAGAUGAUCCCGCUGCUAACAAAGCCGUCUAAACCGGAUGACCUGGUGUUUGAAGUGGUGUGUCCAUCCAUACCAGGGUACGGCUUUUCUGAAGCCCCACAUAAGAAAGGUUUUGACUCGGUGUGUGCAGCACGUAUCUUUCACAAGCUGAUGAAGCGUUUGGGUUUCCAGCAGUUCUGCGCCCAUGGGGGGGACUGGGGCUGGCUGAUUACCACCAACAUGGCUCAGCUGGAGCCCAAGACGGUUAAAGGCUUGCAUUUGAACUUCGCUCCCCCCUCCAAGCCGGGCCUUUCCAUGAUGCUGUCCCUCAUACUUGGCCGUCACUUCCCCAAGCUGUUUGGCUUAACGAACAUGGACAUCCAGCGCCUCUAUCCCCGCAUGGAGAAACUGGUGGUGGAGUCCAUCAAAGAGUCCGGCUACAUGCACAUCCAGGCCACCAAGCCUGACACCGUGGGACGGGGGCUGAAUGACUCCCCAGUGGGUCUGGCUGCCUAUAUUCUGGAGAAGUUUUCCACCUGGACCGACAACAACUCCCGAAACCUGGAUGACGGAGGACUGACCAGGAAGUUCACUCUGGAUGACCUGCUAACCAACGUGAUGAUCUACUGGACCUCCGGCUGCAUCAUCUCCUCCAUGAGGUUCUACAAGGAGAACUUCAGCAAGGGCCUCAACCAGCCCCACUCAAAGAUGCCGGUGUACGUUCCUACGGGUUUCGCUUGCUUCCCAAAUGAGCUGGUACACUCGCCGAAAAUGUGGGUAAAACAGAAAUAUUACAAACUCGAGACCUUCACGCCCAUGGCCCGUGGCGGCCAUUUUGCUGCCAUGGAGGAGCCCUGGUUAAUGGCCGAGGACAUCCAGAAGUUCGCCAAGACACUGGAAUGGAAAAAAGAGUGAUGCAGGAUAGAUGGGUGAACCGAGAGCGAGGAAUGCAUGCACAGAUAGACAGGUGAAUGGAUGGAUCAAUGAGCAGCAUGGUUAUGAGUGGAUGGGUUCGUUAGGACGGAUGGAGAGAGAAUCAAUAUUUAGAGCAGUGAGUAAAUAACAAUGACUCAAAACCAUAGCGCUGUAUAUACUAUGACAUUUCCCAAUGGGGGUUUACCUCUUUGGUAAGUGUAAUGUGAAAAUCUGCACAAUCAUGACCCAUCUUGUCUUGGGCUUUUUCUGUUAAAACACCGUUUCCAUGAUAUUUUUCUCUGUGAUGAGGAUAAAAAAAAAAAAUACUGUCCUAUCAGUUAAAAUUUGCAGGAUAUAACAAGUCUUGAACCUAUUGUGAGAAAUAACGACAACAGAUUUAUCAUAUCCUGCACAACGGGGCCACUGAGGUGUCCAGCGAGUGCAAAAUUUUGUGACCAGUCCCCCCCCCCCCCCCCCCAAAACUUUGAACUUAUUUUCUACUUCAACUGUGAAGAAAGCAAUAGAGUGGCAGUGCUGUCAGCCAGGCAAGUGGGCUGCAAGCCACCUCCAUCAUAAACAAGCAGCUUAAAGUCAGGGGCCCGCGGCUCAGCUGUGUGUUAAUGGAGUGCGAACGACAAGUGAAUGAUACUCACGCAGAAUCCAUACAGAAAACCCUUCUCCUAUGUCAGCACACUGAGCUGCUGGCUUUCUUAAAAACUUGGCUCAGCCAUCUGAUUUUUUUAAAGUCUAGUUUGCCCAACGGCACCAGAUGGGAGGUCAGGGAGCACGUGGUGGUGUUUUGCUGACAGUGUAUAGUGAAUGUGCCAGACAUUCCUUUCACUGAUAAUAAAGAAGUUCAUUACGCUACAGAGACAACCAUACCGCCAGCACACAAUUUUUGUUCACCUCCAGUGUUAUACUGAAAUGUCGUUCUCUUUGCAUGAGUUUCAUCAUGCCAAGACCCCUUCUGCCCAUUCAAAACCAACGGCAGGAUUUCAAGGAUGCCACAAUAGCUUAAGUCAGAAUGCAAAUCACUCCUAGUUUUUCAAAGUUUAAUUUCAAAAUGAGAUGGACCAACUUAUUCAAUGAAUAGAGCUUAAUAUAUAGUUUCAUUAGGUAUAAUUUAAAAGGCGUAUUUUCUCGUUAUUGGUAUGAUUUGUUUAAUCAAAAAAUACAUCAAACUUUUGAUUUUAUAGAAAAGAUUCAGUGUCUCAGUGUCGGGCUGGGUGAUAUGAACAAAAUUAAAUAUCACGAUAGUUUUGACCGAUACCUCGAUAACGAUAUUCUGAUGACACUGUAGAGAUAGUGGGGCGGCGCAGUGGUUAGCACAGUCACCUCACAGCAAGAAGGUCCUGGGUUCGAGCCCCGGGGAAGUCCAGCCUUUGAGGUCGUCCCAGGUCGUCCUCUGUGUGGAGUUUGCAUGUUCUCCCCGUGUCUGCGUGGGUUUCCUCCGGGUGCUCCGGUUUCCUCCCACAGUCAAAAGACACGUAGGUCAGGUGAAUCGGCCAUACUACAUUGUCCCUAGGUGUGUGUGACUGCUGGGAUAGGCUCCAGCAUCCCCGCGACCCUGAGAGCAGGAUAAGCGGUUUGGAUAAUGGACGGAUGGAUGUAGAGAUAUUGGCUAUUGGUGCUCUCACAUAAUAUUUACCCAAUGACAUUUACCAUUUACCAUGAACACUCAUUGGUAGUGUGGAUAUGAUGUCCAAACAGGUAGAGACAAAUUACAUAACAGCUAGAAGUCUAAUAAAUUCAGAAAAUUGCAUCUCUUUACUGUAAUGCAGCCCUUAAAACCAGGAAAAGAUACCACUUGUCAUAUCACGAUAUUACCGUAUCCAAAAUCCCAGAUGAUAUCUAGCCUUAUUAUAUCACGAUAUUGAUAUAUUGCCCAGGCCUAUCUCAAUGGCAUGUAUUAUCUUACCGAUGCAGUGUUUUGAACUUAUAUUCUGACUGAAUAAACUGUUUUGAUUAAAUAAAGGUUAUAUUGAACACU